UAGAGAGAGCAGAAAAGACGGGCGACAUGGACCAUCAUCGGCUUGACAGGGUGGGCCUUCUGUCCCCCCUGGAGGAGUCCAGCGCUGAGAUAAGCAGAGACAGCGGCAUCGUCUCACAAAGUGCGAGCAGUCUGUCCAUGGUGAGCGACAUCCUCAGCAGCGGCACCGUGUCGCAGAGCCCCAGCUUUGGUGCAGCGGCCAACGUUAUCUCCCAGAGCCCGAGCCUCAACGGGGCGGCGGAGCUUGGGACACCCGACCAGCAGUACCCGGAGGAGGACGAGGAGGUCCUGAGACAAGCCGCCCUCAGCUACUCCUCCUACAUCAAGGCGACAGCUGGAGAAGAGAUACUGUGCUUGGACAAAAGCUUGGAAGAAAUGCUGACGAGAGUAGAUGAGUUUGUUGGAAUGCUGGAUAUGAUCCGUAAUGAUACUUCCCAGAUAGUGAAUGAAAACCUACCUCAAAUCCAGCAGAAGUCGGAUGAAAUGAGACAAAUAUACAGAAGAAUUGAUAAGUUAGAGGCCUUUGUUAAGAUGGUGGGGGCCAACGUCAACGCCAUGGAGGAGCAGGUCACGCAGGCAGAGGGAGAACUAGGAACACUUCCGGGUGCUUUCAAGAAGAUCCUCCGCACUAUGAGUGUACCAGGCUUCUUAAACAAACCGGCCAGCCCAAGAAGACCAGCACCACAUCAGCGUCAAGAGAUCCCCAGCGUGUUCCAGACGGACGACUAUUUCACAUCACAGUCAGAGCAGUGAUGCGCUAAAGCAUUUGACACAUCACUUGGUUCUAACCUCAGAGGCCUGUUGGGUAAAACUGUAGAGACAACCUUUAACUGCCAUCCAUUGCAAGAGGAUCUAUUGAUGCAGUGGCCUCAACAAAGCAAUAGCAGCCUUUCUGAACAAGUCACUGGAAGCCAAGUGCGUGAAGGCUGCAUUUUUGAGUGUCAUUUUCCUGGCAGUAAGAACACUGAACUGUAGCAAAAUGAUUUUAAAAGUGCCUAAAUGGGUCUUAUCUCUGUGGGUUUUAUUUUCACUGUUUGUGCAGUAAACAAUGUCAGAUGUUGGAUUUAUGACAAGUCAGGAGGACAAAGUCAUCCCACUUGCCAAUAUGACACUGUUAACAAGCUACAAUAGAUGGCAAUGUAAAGAUCUUUAGAUGUAUUACUUAAAUAAUUAACCCAGCUUUUUUUUUUUUUAUAAAUCACAUUUCUGUUCCUGGUGUUUGUAAAGACUUGCACGCUGUUGUGAAUUAAUCUGUAUUUCAUAUGUCUCAUCACUCUCCCCGAGCAAUAUGGAUGUCAUCCAGUUAAGCAUAUACUGUCUUCCAUUUCAAAAUAUUUGCUUUAUUGCUUUCCUGAGUUACUGGCGAUAGAUGACAUUUGCCUCAUUGAUACGGGGCUACAUAUUUGAUAGCACCUUUUUAAUAAAAGCACACUAUAGUUGAGUUAUUAGUUGAUAGAUCUUGAUGAAGUUUGGGCCGGGGGUCGAGAUGUGAUUGAGUUUUGUACCAAUAACUGGAGGUUGCUUGGAUCUCGUCCAUGGGAGACAAUACCUAUGAGUUAUUAUUUGAUUCUUUAUUUGCCAAAAUAGUUAGGAAUAAGAUGUUUCAUUUACAGGUUGAAUUUGGUACAUGUUUUUUAAUAACCAAUAAAGACUCAUUUGA